AUCCUUUUGAAAGAAAAUGUUAAUUGAAUGCAUUUUCAUUUAGUGCAUGGCUAUGCGCUUGUGUCGGCGCUUUUGUGAUUGUAAAGCAGAAGUCUAUUUCCUUGUUGCUGUUAUUUGUUUAUGAGGACCUCUGUAUUUUGAGAAUAUUCUGCCACGUCGUUUGUAACUUCCUCGUCGCGAAUUAAGAUCCCGGUGUAAUAACAUUCCGUUCUGCGCAAUGAGGGAUGUCUAAAAUGACGAAAAGAUAAAUGCUGGUGGAGAAGGACAUUUUAUAAGAACUCUUCUAUAGUGUUGGGAUUCUUCAAAUGGAAUCAUUUUCUCGGGUGAGAAAAACCCGUAGCCUUUUUAACCCAGCUUUGAAGAUACAGAAAAUAAAACAAAAUGGGCCCUGCGCUGGUGCUUGCUACUGCUGUGUCCACACUUGGUGGCCUGGUCUUCGGCUAUGAACUUGGAAUAAUCUCUGGUGCUUUGUUGCAGCUCCAAGCCUGGUUCCACUUGAGCUGUGUCCAGCAGGAGAGUGUGGUUGGUGCUCUUCUCAUUGGAGCCAUCUGUUCUUCUGUGAUUGGUGGCUGGCUGAUCGACCGCCGUGGCAGGAGAGCAUCCAUCUUGCUUAGUAACCUUCUGAUCCUCGGAGGCAGCCUGGUCCUCAGCAUGGGCAACUCCUUUGCAAUGUUGGUUGCUGGCCGGACCGUGGUGGGCUUUGCCAUAUGCCUGUCUUCCAUGUCCAGCUGCAUUUUUGUCUCAGAGAUGGUGGAGCCAAAACGCAGAGGUCUGAUGGUCACACUGUAUGAAGCUGGUGUUACAGCUGGGAUCUUGCUGGCUUAUGCAAUCAACUAUGUCUUUUCUGCUGCCCAAGAAGGAUGGAGAUACAUGUUUGGGUUAGCUAUUAUCCCUUCUCUUGCUCAGCUGGUGUCUGUUUGGGUUUUGCGAUCUCACCAUGGCACAGUAGACAGACUUAUAACAGAAACUCAAAGCCCAAGAGAGCAGUGUGACAGUGUUGAAGAAGGGACUUUGAACCAAGCUCAACUAGGCAAAAAACAUUACACUGUCCUUCAGCUCUUUCACCACAAAGAUAACAUGUGCACUAGGACCAUAAUUGGCAUUGGAUUAGUGCUCUUCCAACAGUUCACAGGUCAGCCAAACAUCCUCUUCUAUACCUCCACCAUCUUUCAGUCAGUGGGCUUUAAAAGCGAUGCAUCAGCUGCAUUGGCCUCAGUUGGUCUUGGGAUCGUUAAAGUAAUAGCAACCACAGUUGCAAUGCUCUGCGCAGAUAAGGUUGGCCGAAGGCCACUUCUCAUCAAUGGUUGCCUAGUGAUGGCUGUUGGUUUAAUGCUUACUGGAUUCCUAAACAGACACUCUCUAUUUGAUGCAGCAAGACAGUGUAGUUCUUCUGAGCUUCACCCAAAUGGCACCAUACUAGCUGUAAAAUCCAUGGAACUGCUGAAGAUUAGGAACAAUACCACCGAUGCUGGACAUUUAGAUACUUCAACAGCUUCUCAUGCUCUGGGGAAGUUUAACUGGCUUAUUUUGAUCAGCAUGAUGUCAGUUGUCAGUGCUUUCUCUGUGGGGUUUGGACCAAUGACCUGGCUUGUGCUAAGUGAAAUUUUCCCAGCAGAAGUGAGAGGACGAGCAUUUGCAUUCACCAGCUGCUUCAACUGGAUGGCCAACCUGAUAGUAACCUUCUCUUUCUUGAAUGUAAUAGAUGUGAUGGGCCUUUCUGGAACAUUCUUUAUCAAUGGCAUGAUUGCACUGGCAGCUGCUGUUUUCAUCCAUGUCCUGCUACCAGAGACCAAGGGCAAAUCUCUACAGGACAUUAACAAGGAACUCUGUGAAAGACGAUUUCCUUGUAGGGAGGAAUUCUACAGCAAUUUCCAGAGAAGACACUUAUCAUCAGGAUAUCAAAGAGUGUCUUUGAGAAAUUCAUCAGUAUGACAUUUAAAGUCAUCAGUGUUACAAGUCAAUUAGUUCAUUAGCAAAUACCUGAUUUAUUACUGUAAUAAUUAUUUUGUUGUAAUGAUGAUCACUUAUAUUGCCCAAUUUUUCAGAUGGCUUUUGUUAGGAAAAAAUGGCUUUUUACCAUGUUGUGUAUUGCAUAUGUACAAAUAGCAUUAGACACAGGAUCAAAGAAUUUUUAAUUCAUGGUUGAGUUCUAAGUGCCAUGCUCUCUGUUUAAAAUAACAGGAACAUUCUUCCACCAUUUAAAAUUCUGAUGUAACUGAACAGUAAGUAUUCCAAGGAAUACUGUGAGAUCAUCUUGUAUUUCUGUGUACAGCAAGUGAAUUUCUGAAUGAAAUAAUGAGAAACAGUACAAGGACUGACUACCACAAAACACGUGGAAUCCUCCAUUCUGGAUUUCCAAACCCAGGACCUGUCAUAUACAAAAUAUUUAAAUGAACUUCCUUAGCCAUGUAGUCCUAGAUUAUGAUGAUCUGCAUCUGGAAAAGUAGCCUAGUCACAAAUAUAGCACUAAUUUUUAAUCAUGAUAUUUAAAUCAACACCCUUAAUAUUCACUGGACCAACCUGGCACAGGCUGUGAUUAAACAAGCAAAAAAAAAAAAAAAAAAAAAAAAAAA